AACGUUAAUUUUGAAUAAUUAUGUUUAAUGAUCAAAGUUUCUUGAAGGGUCCUACACAAAGCUGUAUGGACCCAUCCUAUAAUGUAUAUACCCCAAUGAAUCAAGGUAUUUAUAAUACAAGUUGUAACGUAAAUGUAUACCAAAAUUAUAUUUAUCCAAUUGGUACGACCUUUGAUAAUACUAAUGAGGAUCCUACAUUAGUAAUUAAUGCAGCCAAACGCCAAACUGAUGAGCAAGAUAUUGAGCAAUUUCUUUUAGAAGGUGAAGAAACUAAAAAUAUAAGUGACCAGAGAAACAAAUGUAAAAAAUCUAAAAUUGCAGUUACUAAAAAUAUUAUAACGUCAGUAUACAAAUUAAAUGAAAAGUUAAAAACAAUUUGUUCAGAACUUAAAGAUAAUCAAAAUUUGUCGGAAGAAGAGUGGCAAGAGAAAGUAAACAUUUGUAAUACAGCAAAAGAAGAAAUUGUUAAACUAUUAAAACCUAUUCAAGAUCCACAUUUUUUGAGUCAAUUAAAUAAAGACUUAGAAAAGCGUAAGAAGAAGCGAUUAAGAGAAAAAAUUAAAAGGGAGAAAUGGAAAAAUGAAAAAUUAAUGAGGAUGGAAAACAGAGCAAGAAUGCAUGCUCACAUUGAUUCGUGGAUUAGAAAGAAACAAGCUGUAAUAGAAAAAGAAAAACAAGAAGAAAGUCUGCGAAAAGAUGCUGAUAUGAUUCUAUUUGAUGUAAGAGGAAAACGAAAUGAUGCAAGGAAAUAUCUUGGAUUGUUGCAAGAAUUACAAAAUUUGAGAAACGUUAAAGUCAAUAUUGCCAGAGCACGAGGAGAACAUUUAUCUGCAGCAGCUGACGAAGCAUUUAAUAAUAUUAUUGCUAAGUUAUCAACACAGUGGUCAACGCUCGAUCACGAAUAUUCCAUAGAAGAACAGGGUUUGAAGUUAAUGUUAAAGACUGACAACGAAAAUAGAAUUGAAAAGCAGAAAAAAAACGUUUUCGAUGAAUGGGAAAAAGUAUUAUUUGGAAAAAAAAUGACAUCUGAUCAAUAUAGUACAGAUUUAACCGGUUUUAUCGCUGUAAGAUCUGCUUGGGAUAAGUAUAUAAGCACCGAUAGUGAUGCUUCACCAAUUCCAAUUGGAUGGGUGAUGCCCAAUAAACCAUCCUCUGCUGCCUGGCAAAAAAGUCUUAAAAAGGAAGUUUUAUGAAAUAAAUUAUACAAUUAUAAACUCUGAUUUAUGGGAAUAAGUAAAUUUGAUACACGCCUUAAUAAUUUAUAUUGUAUAAACGUAAAUAUAGUGAAGUUUUGCUAUAUGAUCCUAAACACGAUAUUAGAAAUGGAAAAGAUUGUGAAAAAGCUAUAUGAAUGGUGAAACUACUUCCAACAUUUAUAUUGCAAGUUUGAAAAUUUUAAAUUCCUAAAUUUUUCAGUUCAAUACAAUGGCAAGAGAGUGUUACUAGUAUGCGUGAUAGUUUAUGUGGAAAAUUUACUUAACAAGUCGUAUAGAGUAGCAUAUAGUAAGACUGCACUAUAAUAUGCAUUUAGCCAUUUACAUGUGAUGUAGUGUUGUAAGAACAAAAGUAAAAAAUUCUCUGGUCGAUUAUACUUCAAA